GUCAGAAGUUCUCCCGACUCGCAUCAAACAGAACACCUCUACAUCAGAACCUGCGUCCUUUUCAGCCGCACAGCUAUCCGUCUUGGCAUCAUCCAUCUUAUCUCAUUCUGUCAGCUACAAACUACACCCAGGACACGGAACGUGUUUUCCCACCACGCACUCACCCGGGCGAACCCGUGUCCCGAAACGCGCGCACCCCGAGCUCCAGGCGGGACUUCCUUUCUUCAGCGGAUACGACAGUGGGGUAAACUGGCAGAACGGUCGGUCGAGUUGUCACCGGUACGUCCGUACCCUUCUGGACAACAGACAACCUGGUUAACGACGCCGCUGUCGCCGAAGCUCGCUAGAUGCGCCUCCUCCCCGGCUAUGCUGCCCUGAGAGUCACCGCCUCGCCAAAAUGUCUGAUGUCAACAAGACUGUUCAGAAAUGGCAGGCCAGUUUUAAGAAAGGCACAGACUUUGACUCGUGGGGACAAUUAGUGGAGGCUAUAGAUGAGUACCAAAUUCUAGCGAGACAACUGCAAAAAGAGGUCCAGUCAACAAAUUCAUCAGACUUCACGGAGGAACAAAAGAAAACCUUAGGCAAGAUUGCAACAUGUCUGGAGAUGAGGAGUGCCAGUUUGCAGUGCACUCAGUCUAAGGAGGAGUUGAAAUUAGAAGACCUCAAAAAACUGGAAACCAUAAUUAAGAAUAUACUUUCCUACAACAAAGAAUUUCCCUUUGAUGUCCAGCCGGUGCCCUUAAGGAAAAUCCUUGCUCCAGGUGAAGAGGAGAACCUUGAAGUAGAAGAGGAGGAGGAUGCUGCAGCAGGAGCAGGUUCAGCAGAAACUUUUCUACCACGAGCUCCUGCUUUGCAAGGUACCUUGUUGCCACGGUUACCUUCAGAGCCUGGGAUGACACUACUCACAAUAAAGAUAGCAAAAAUUGGGUUGAAGGAUGCCGGGCAGUGCAUUGAUCCAUACAUGACCAUUAGUGUUAAAGAUUCAAAUGGUGUCGAUUUGAACCCAGUACAGGACACCCCUGUGGCCACCAGAAAGGAAGACACCUACGUUCACUUCAGUGUUGAUGUAGAGAUCCAAAGACACGUGGAGAAAUUGCCAAAAGGAGCAGCUAUCUUUUUUGAAUUCAAGCACUACAAACCCAAAAAGAGGUUCACCAGCACGAAAUGUUUUGCCUUCAUGGAAAUGGACGAAAUCAAACCUGGACCGAUUGUAAUUGAAUUGUACAAGAAGCCCACAGACUUUAAAAGGAAGAAACUGCAGCUUCUCACAAAGAAACCGCUUUAUCUCCAUCUUCAUCAGACAUUACAUAAGGACAGCUAAGUCACAGCACACCUGAAUAUUCACCUCUUUAAACCUCUCUCAUCCAUAUCCAGCAAAAUGUGGUGUACCCUCUCAUCACAUUCAGCAAUACUAAAUUAAGGCUGUGGUAUUUUUUCCAUACCUUAGUCACUUUAAUUUACACUCAGAUUUUUAUAUUUUUGAUUUUAUUCAAAAGUGCAUUUCAAAACCCCCAAAACGUUUUUCAUAACUGGAUGGUUUUCAUAAUGCAGCAAUACCAUGUUGAAACAGUUAAACUUCCUCAUCUUUAGUCUUCCAUGGCUCACUGAUUUUGGGAAACGAGGACACAAGUCACUGUAGCUGCUUAACUGGAGCUGAGGUCUUUACAGUUUGGCUCGUCAUAUCUAUGCUGUUGGACUUUGGACUGUCAGGCAAAAGUCAGCAACAUGUUAACCCGUCAACAUUUAACUCCUGCUUUUACUGCAAGAGACUAAAAACCUGGAAGCAUUUUGUUUGUUGGACCACAUGGUGAUUAUGAAGUAUGUGCCUCUACAAACGCAAAAUGCUAUGUGUGCAUUCUUAUAGUUUGCUGCUAGUACUGCUUCUGUGGUAUUGGUAUCUUAAAAAUUGUUUACACUGUUUGAGGUUUUGUGCUUUUUAACAUUGUUUGAUUAUUGCCGCUGCCGUUUACAAUACAGUGGCAGGUCAUCUUCCACUCUUAUUUUACCAGGAAAAGCAAGAAUCUCUUUUCCAAGAACGUCCUGGUCAAAACAGACAGCAGCACAAAAUGUGUGUGUGUGUGUGUGUGUGUGUGUGUGUGUGUGUGUGCGUGCGUGCGUGCGUGCGUGCGUGCGUGCGUGCGUGCGUGCGUGCGUGCGUGCGUGCGUGCGUGCGUGCGUGCGUGCGUGCGUGCGUGCGUGCGUGCGUGUGUGUGAGUGACCACAUUUCGUGGCCUUGUUAAGGAAGUAAUGGCAAAUUCACCAAGGCUAUUCCCUACAUGAACUGAACGCAAAACAGCCUCUAUUUUUUUGGACUACAAAGAGCAUUAUUUGGGGGUCAUUCCAGGAUUAGAGGACAUUUGGGCUUCAAAAUUAUUGAAAAAUAAACCUUCUCUUUUACAAUUUUCUGCUACGUAUUUAUCAAUAAUAAUAGCCUUUGAUAAUAAACUAUCAAAGGCUUGAUUGGCUCAGCUUACAAUAAUUAUUAUUUAAAAUAUUAUAUUGAUUAAAACAAAGUUCCCGCAAUUACGAGAGACAUCAAUGAAAAAUAUAAUACCAGAAAAAGGAGGUAAAAUUUUUAUUUUAACUGUUGUAUUUGAAAUUCAGUUUGGUCAUCAGGGGGGUGGGACAAGAGAAAAUGUCAUUUUAGGGGGAACUCCAGACUUAUUUUACAUUUUAAAAAACAUUUUCAAACAUUCUUUUCUCCUAGUUUUUUUUUUUUUUUUUUUAGAUUUGGUCUUAAGACAAGUAAAUUUACACAAGUGCAUGUUUCAGUAUUUUGUACAUCGAUUCUUUGAAAGUUGAUGGGUAGGACGUACGAUGUCCUCCAAUUCCAGAAUGACCCAUAGAUAUUUCAGGAUGGUUUACAGAGUCUCAUAAACUGGAAGGGCACUUAGCACAUUCUCCACCAAGGCUAAUAUGCUAUUUGCAGUUCUAAUGAAUGGGUUCUGGUUCUGCACUAGAAUGUAAUGGGUUCUCUCUUUGCUCAUGAGCCACUUCUCCACCAAAUUUCAUGAAAUUCAACUUUGUAAUUUUUGGAGUUCUUGCAGACAAAUAAAUGGUAAUGAUCACACAGCCCUGCCUUGACAGAGGAAUGAAGAUGAACCACAUAACAUUUAACAUUGUGAAUUAUAAAACUAUUAAGUUCAUACUGUUUGGCAGUUAAUUUUUUUUAUUUUUGUGAAAAGGGUCUAGGAAUGUAAUUUUUGGUAUUCUUACUACGUGCCUGUCAUGUAUUCCAUCUCACCAUUUCACAUUUAUAGUUUCUGUUUUAUAACAACUUUGAAGAUGAAUGUCUUUUAUUUAAAGGAAUAGUUUGUGUGCUUUGUCACUGAGAGUUAUAGAAGUGGAUUAAUAUCAACCUCACAGCUGAGGAGAAAUGAAAUCUGCCUAACAGCACCUGUGAAGCUCAGUAAUUAACAUGAUGUACAGUACCAGUCAAAAGUGUGGACACACCGUUUGGUGGUUUUUCUUUAUUUUAAUUAUUUUCUACAUUGUAGAUUAAUACUGAAGACAUCAAAACUAUGGAAGAACACAUGGAAUUAUGUUAAAAAGUUUUAAACAAACCAGAAUGUGUUUUAUAUUUUAGAUUCUUCAAAGUAGCCACCCUUUGCUUUGAUUGCCUAGUGAGGAAUAGUGAGGAAUAAAUUAAUGGAAUGGAACAUGGCCAUUUGGUGAUGAUGGUAUUAAUGAUUACUUCACACUUCAGUCACUGUACACUGGCCAUCAGGCAUUCUGGACCUUCCACUGCUACUGCUGCUACUGCUUUGCACACUCUUGGCAUUUUCUCAAUGACCUUUAUGAGGUAGUCAGCUGAAAUGGUUUUCACUUCACAGAUUCCUUACAACAACAACAAAAAAUUGAAUGAGAAGGUGUGUUCAAACUUUUGGCAAGUAGUGUAUCUUUUCCCUGGAAAAUUGAACUGCAGUAUAUCCGUUUAGAAAGUUGUUAAUAUUAUUGUGAUAUCAAAACUAAAGAGCUAUGUUCAGAUAACUUUUAAUGGUAUCACAAAGAAGAAGAUUGUACAAAUCCAGUCAUUGCAGUGGUACACUACAGACCGUAAAGUGGAUUAUUAUUAUUAUUUUUUUUUUUUUUAAAGUUAUUUUUUUUUGGCCUUUUAUUAGAUAGGCGCAGUGAGAGAGAGAGAGACAGGAAACAGGGGAGAAGAGUCGGGGGAAGACAUGCAGCAAAGGGCCGCGAGCGGGAAUCGAACCCGGGCCAGCUGCGUCGGGGACCAGCCCUGUACAUGGGUCACCCACUCAACGCGUUGAGCUAUACGGGCACCCCGUAAAGUGGAUUAUUAAUUUAAAAGAUGCAGUUAUAUGUUCAAUUUAACAUUUACAUUUGCAUCUACAGUUUAACAGUGAGUUAAAAUACAUACAUGUAAAGUUAUAAUAAAAGAUAACAUUUAUGAUGAUGAUGAAGACAGAUUUAAAGACGUCUAUUUGUUUUAGCCCAGAAUUAAUACGACUAUGACCGAAGAGGAAGUUAAGGUCUCCACCAUUCAGACAAUUGCUGCACAUCACUGUCACUACUGCAGUGUGGAUAUAACCUGAGGUGUUUAAAUACUGAUGCAGAAUGUUUUAUAAAUGUAUAAAGAGUAAAAUGGUUGAAUUAUGCUGAUGUGUAUUCUGUGUGAGCCUGUCUUUUAAUUUGUUUUUUUUAAAGCAUAAAAUACAAUGUUAAAUCACACAAACUAUUUAUUACCUGCCAGGAAUAGACUUUGAAUCCACUGUUACUUUGCAGAUCAAAUGAUUUCUGUAUUCAGUUAUCUGAAUGAAAUUCUUGCAUGGGACUGUUUAAAAGAUAAAUCUUUAUUGCUCUUGGA